AUGUGCAGAUACAGAUACCUGUGGCAGAAGAGCUUUGAACGUUCAGAGCUGUUAACACGUUUGGUUCAAACAGCAAAGGAGAUAAAUGAAGAUCGUCUGAGCUGUGAUGUAUUUGAGGAUGAGGAUGGCGGAUUAUUCAUGAGACCAAAGUGUGUUUUAAACCUGGUUCUGUGUGGGAGGAGAGGAGCAGGGAAGACGUCAGCAGCCAAGGCCAUUUUAGGUCAGACUGAGCUUCAUUCAGCCUCCAACUCAUCAGAGUGUGUUAAACAUCAGGGAGAGGUGUGUGGACGUUGGGUUUCCCUGGUGGAGCUGCCUGCCUUGUAUGGAAAACCUCAGGAGGCAGUGAUGGAGGAAUCACUCAGGUGUAUCUCCCUCUGUGAUCCUGAGGGUGUCCAUGCCUUCAUCCUGGUCCUACCUGUGGCUCACCUCACUGAUGAAGACAAGGGAGAGUUAAAGACCAUCCAGGAUGCAUUCAGCUCUCGAGUCAAUGACUUCACCAUGAUUCUGUUCACUGUGGACUCAGAUCCUACAGAUCCAGCUGUUGGUAACUUUGUAAAGGAAAACAAGGACAUCCAGGAGCUCUGUGAGAGCUGUGGAGGAAGAUCUGUUGUUCUCAACAUCAAAGAGAAACUGCAGCUCCAAGAACUGUUGGAGACUGUGGAAAAGAUAACAGUUCACAAAAACUAUACAAUAACCAUGUUUACACGUGUCUGUGUGGAUAAAAUCACCACACUCCAGGCGGAGCUGAAAAACUUGAAACCACAUGAUGUUGGCCUUUUGGAGGAAGAGAAGCAGAGCUCAGACUGUCUGAGAAUUGUGCUGAUCGGAAAGACCGGCAGUGGAAAGAGCUCCUCAGGAAACACCAUUCUAGGAAGAAAAGAGUUCAAAACUGGCGCAAGCCAGACAUCUGUUACCAAAUGUUGUCAGAAAGCAGAGGGUGACGUGGACGGUCGUCCUGUUGUCGUGCUCGACACUCCUGGACUCUUUGACUCGACUUUGUCACAUGAAGAGGUCUGUGAGGAGAUGAGUAAGUGCAUCAGUCUUCUGGCUCCAGGACCACAUGUCUUCCUGUUGGUGUUGCAGAUUGGCCGACUAACACCAGAGGAGAAGGAGACUCUGAAGCUGAUCAAGAAAGUCUUUGGGAAAAAUUCAGAGAAAUUCACCAUCAUUCUUUUCACAGGAGGAGAUACACUCGAACAUCAUGAACAGUCUAUUGAAGACUACAUUAAACAUGCAUGUGAGGAUUCCUUUAAAAAUCUAAUCACUCACUGUGAAGCAAGAUACCAUGUGUUCAAAAACCAUGAGAAAAAAAACCACACACAAGUCAGUGAGCUGAUAAAAAAGAUUGAAACCAUGCUGAACAAAAAUGGAGGAAAAUGCUUCACCAAUGAGAUGCUGCAAGAAGCUGAAGCAGCAAUAAAGAAACAAAUGGAGAAGCUGCUGAAAGAGAAGGAAGAAGAGAUGAAGAGACAGAAGGAGGAACUCGAAAGAAAACACCAGGAAGAAAUGAAAUCAAUGAAAGCAAUAAUGGAAAAGCAAAGAGAAGAAAAUGAACAAAGAGAUGAGCAACUCAGACAGUUACAGAACAGCAUCCACAUUCAGUCUGAAGAGAGAAAG